UGACAUGCGCGCCGUUCAAACCACAUCAUUAAGCCAGCGUCGCUCACAGCGCCAACUGCCGAAGUCGACGGACGAAGGAUAAAUACCGAAAUACAACGCGACGGGCUUAAAAACCAUUCCCUCCGAGUGUGUGUGUGUAUCUGAAUCUGUGUUUGUGUCGUUUCGUGAAAAGCAAAACAGUCAAGUUAACUACAAAAUGGCCAGUAAAUUUUUGACUGCUCUCUCGCUAAUGGCGCUCAUUGGUUGCUGUUUGGGCGGGUUCGCUGCCACCUACUCCGGCUUCCAGCCCGGCUAUGCCACUUACCAUGCAGCUCCAACUGUUUACCAUGCGGCGCCGGCUGCAGUGUAUCACCAGGCGGCGGUUGCUGCUCCAGUUUACACCAAGACCUAUGCUCAGCCCCUCGUUCAGCAUGUGGCUCCAGUUGCUCCCAUUGCUCCCGUUGUGCGAACCUAUGCAGCGCCCGCAGCUGUGGCUGUUGCACCCGUUGUGAAAACCAUCGCCGCAGCGCCUGUGACUCCAGUUGUCAAGCAGUUGGAACUGGAAUCUGCUCCCCGUUAUGAGUUCUCCUAUGGUGUGCAUGAUUCCAUCACUGGUGAUGUUAAGAGCCAGAUUGAGAGUCGUGAUGGCGGCAAUGUGGUUGGCUCCUACAGCGUUCUCGAUGCUGAUGGCUAUAAGCGCACCGUUACCUACACCGCCGAUGACAUUAACGGUUUCAAUGCGGUCGUGCAUCGCGAACCGGUUCUGGCAGCCCGUGCUGCCGUUGCUGCAGUUGCUCCCGUUGCUCAAGUUGCUCCCGUUGCUGCUGUUGCUCCCGUUGCUCAAGUUGCUCCAAUUGCCAGUCUGCCCGCACCCAUCUACUAUCCACAACAGCAACUGUUCCAGCCACAGCAGCAACUGUUCCAGCCACAGCAGCAACUCGAAGUUGUGGAGGCGCCACAGCAGCCCGACCAGGACCCAGCGUCCAUUGAUUACUCUGAGCAGCAGCAGCAACAACAGCAGCAGCAACAACAGGUUUACCCACAGGAUCAGCAGUUCCCGCCCUAUCCAGCGGCUUCACCUGGACCUGUCGACGACUCGGACUCCGAUGUGGUUGAGGCACGCUCCGUCCAGGAGUCGAGCAGCACCACAGCAGCACCUCCAGCUGCCGUUAACGAGGAGAACAUGGAGCAGGACAAGAAGUCUGCCUAAAUUGUGAUCCAUUGCAAACUCUUGAUUA